AUGGUUGAAAUGAAGGAUGUUGAAGAGGAAGAUGAGGUACAUGACAUGGUUGAGGAAGAAGCAACUCAACCAGAGAAUGGCACACCAAAAGAAGCUAAAACUACCAGAGACGCCAUCCCUAUCCCAUUUCCACACCUUGCACGGAGGCCCAGAAAGCAGAUGGAACUUGACCCAAAAAUGCAAGUACCUAAAUAUGCGAAGUUUCUAAAGGAUUUGUGCAUGCAUAAGGAUAAGAUUAAUGAAUUAGAAAUUAUUCCUUUAGGUAGUUCUAUAUCUGCCUUAAUGGGGGAUAUACCUGAAAAAUGCAGUGACCCAGGUCCAUGCAUGGUUAACUGUACCAUUGCGGGUGUAAUAUUUUAUGAAUGCAUGUGUGAUUUAGGAGCGUGCAUAAGUAUUAUGCCUUUGUCUAUAUAUGAUACUUUGAGGCUCCCUCCCUUGAAAAGAUCGGCAGCUCAUUUUGUAUUAGCAGAUAAAAGCAUUAUUACAGUGGUUGGAAUUGCUGAGGACGUGCUGGUGAACAUCAAAGGGCUCACAUUUUCCAUUGACUUCUACAUCUUGGAGAUGCCCCAAAAUGACUCAAGAAUACCGUCAUCCAUCUUGCUCGGAAGACCAUUCUUGAAGACCUCAAAGUUCAAGUUGGAUGCAUUCUCAGGAACUUAUUCUUUUGAGAUAGACGACCGAGCAGUGAGCUUCAAUCUGAAUGAGGCUAUGAAGCAUCAUCUGGAAGACCAUUCCAUCUUUCAGUACGACAUUAUUGAUGAGAUUGUAGCUGCAGUUCACCAGGAGGAAGUAGAGGAGAGGCACAUGGAGCAAGGUGCAAGUGUGGGGACAUCCCUUGUACUAGACAGAGACACAUUACAACCGUCACUAGUUCCAGAUGAUCAAGUGCGUAACCAUGAGCAGAGAUUGGAGUUACAACCCCUUCCACCCCACCUCAAGUAUGCUUACCUUGAGGAUAACUAG